CCUGGAUUCACUCUACCUUCAGGCACUCAGGGGAAUUUCUGCGGUGCUGGAUUCGUCUCUUAUACAAAAAGUGCAUUUCUUCGUGUUUCACAUUUGUCUUCACUCUCGUUGACUCUGCCUUUGAUGGUUAAACAGCUUGCUCCUACAAGAAUAACCUAUCUGUCACCCGACCUGUCUCGUUACUUUAGGCUGCGCUAGAUAUUCUCCGAGAGGUUGUGGUCGUCUGUGUCUACACCCCUUUUAUCAUACCUGAAGCGUCAACGCCGUUUCGUUGUCGCCUACUACCUACCUUGCCACUAGCGAUCAUGGGCCCUCUACGACUCCGCAUUGAUGGUCGGACUUUCAAGGACUCGCACAAUAGAGAGAUUACAUUAAGAGGAAUAAACGUUGCUGGUGAAUGCAAAUACCCUAAGAACCCUGAUACACCGUCUUACAUCUCCGAUAAUUUCUUCGACGCCGAUAACGUUUCCUUCGUCGGUCGCCCUUUCUCCCUUGACGACGCUCAUACACACUUUGCCAGGCUACGCAAAUGGGGUUACAAUACUUUGCGAUACAUCUUCACAUGGGAAGCGAUUGAACAUGAAGGGCCUGGAAAGUACGAUGAUGAAUGGAUAGCAUUCACUAUUGAGGUCCUGCGUAUCGCCAAGCAGUACCAAUUCUAUGUGUUCCUGGAUCCUCAUCAAGAUGUGUGGUCUAGACUAUCAGGAGGCUCUGGUGCACCAGCCUGGACCCUCUAUGCGGCAGGCUUGAACCCGCGGACGUUCAAGAAGACCGAAGCUGCCCUUGUUCAAAAUACGUAUGAUGUCCCGGCCGAAUUUCCUAAAAUGAUCUGGAGUACGAACUACACCCGUCUUGUCUGUCAAACAAUGUUCACUUUGUUUUGGGGAGGCCGGGACUUUGCUCCGAAAGCGAUAAUCAACGGCAUGAACAUACAGGACUAUCUGCAAGGCCACUUCAUUGCAGCAUGUCGAUAUUUCGCUCAGAAGAUCCAUGAGGCUGGUGACAUUGAGAAUGAUGUCGUUAUCGGGUGGGAGAGCAUGAAUGAGCCCCAUCGCGGACUCAUUGGAGUACAGGACAUAUCCGUGAUCCCACCGGAGCAACAGCUUCAGCUCGGCACAUCGCCCACUGCUUUCCAAGCCAUGCUUACUGGCUCGGGACGAGCAUGCGAGCAAACAACUUGGAAUUUUGGCAGCUUCGGCCCUCAUCAGACUGGCAGAGAACUUGUAGACCCUGAGGGUGAAUCUGCAUGGCUGCCAGCCGAUUAUGACGACCACAAAUACGGCUGGAAGCGCGAUCCCGAUUGGAAAUUAGGCGAGUGUCUUUGGGCCCAGCAUGGAGUUUGGGAUCCGUCGACGGACCAACUUCUCCAGAAGGAUUACUUUUCCAAAGUGCCACAGACCGGAGAACCCCUGAAUUAUGAUAGGUUUACUAACACGUACUUUAUGGAACACUAUCGGGCUUACAGGGAUGCUCUCCGAAGUGUCUGGCCGGGGGCCAUCAUGCUGUGCCAACCGCCGGUCAUGGAAAUACCCCCGGACUUGAAGGGAACAGCCGAUGAUGAUCCUAACAUGAUCCAUGCGGUACAUUAUUACGAUGGACUUACACUCCUGACGAAACAUUGGAAUCGGCUAUACAAUGUGGAUGUAAUCGGUGUUCUUCGAGGGAAGUAUCUGACUCCGGCAUUUGCCGUCAAGAUCGGAGAGACAGCCAUUCGAAAUUGCUUGCGAGACCAACUCAAGUUCCUCCGUGAUGAAAGUCUCAAGUACAUGGGGAACCAUCCGUUGAUUUUUACGGAAAUUGGUAUUCCCUAUGACAUGGACGACAAACAUGCCUACAAAACCGGCGAUUAUAGCAGCCAAGUCAGUGCGAUGGAUGCGAACCACUUUGCCCUAGAAGGAAGCACGGGCAAUGGCUUCACGCUCUGGCUCUACACCACCACGAACAACCACGAGUGGGGCGACAACUGGAACGGCGAAGAUCUGUCAAUCUACUCCCUCGAUGAUCUGGAGCUGCCAAGUGGCAAGCUCCUGGCACUGGAGGGUGAAUCCCGAACGGACCCCGACCCUCAUUCACCCGCCUACUCGGAAAGUCAGGGCAACCCAGAGCACCAUCAGGUUGGACCCGGUAAUUUGAAGGACGCGCUGGCCACACCGUCCAUCACAUCAGUAUACACCCAGUCCAACGCAGACAAAUUGGGAUUCCGAGCUGGAGAGGCAUACAUCCGACCCAGCCCAAUCUACACCUAUGGAGAUGUCUCGAAGUAUCUUUUUGACCUUCGUAACUGUACGUUCACCCUAUCGCUGGUCGGCAGCAAGCGGAUUCCGGGAGAUGAGGUGGCAACGGAGAUAUACUUGCCCGAGUUUCACUUUCCUGAUACACAAACCGUGGUUUCGGUCAGCAGUGGCGAGUGGAGCAUCGACUACACGGAGAUCAACUCGAUCAAGGUGCAACGACUCCGCUGGUGGCAUAUGGAAGGGGAGCAGGAUAUCAAGAUCCAGGGUGUGAAGCGAAAGCCCGGCGACCUGAGCAGUGUGUCGGCGGAUGAUCUGAGCUAUCUUGAGCAGUGCCAGAAAGGAGGUUGCACGGUGAUGUAGAUGGCUGGACCAUCGCUCUUGCGUCCUAGUAUAACAUUUGUGACGACAAACUAUAUUUCUCCAGAUGCUUGGUGGAGUUCCGGUCAUAUUAGAGUUUACGGGUCACACUUAUUAGUCUAAGUACG